AUGCUGGUGACCUAUUUGGAAGCCGGCCGGGACCUUUGCGAGACGGACUCGAUUCUCUUUGGCGCCGCACUGGCAGUUUGCCGUAUUAUUGGCGCCAAACUUCCCAUGGCUGGACGCGCUACUACUCAAAGUAGCGCCAUCCCAGCCUGGAGAAAAAGAAUCGAGGACCGUAUCGCAAAGGCAAGGGCCCUUAUCGGCAGACUGACAAGCUUCAGGUCGGGUAAUAAUAGACCGAGGAUUAUGCGCACGGUUAGGAUGGUGUUUGCUGGGACAAAUAUCAGUUGUAUGUCCCAGCCGGAUAUCACGCAGAAACUAACGGAGCGCAUAGACGACCUGAAGCAAAAGAUCGCUGCUUGGGGGAAGCGGAUUCGACGAUUUUCCGAGAGGUCAAGGCGGUUCAACCAGAAUCGUCUCUUCCAGAGUGAUCAGAAGAGGCUCUAUAAAUCAUUGAAGCAACCAAAGGUAUGUGGAGCGGGCCAAGGACCGGAUCAGGCUGACAUUAUCGCAUUCUGGCGUGGCCUGUGGUCAGAGCCCGUAAACCACAGCGAGGGCCCUUUGAUGGAAGUUGUGGCGAGCCAGGGUGCGAGUGUUAUGCCUAUGGACCCCAUCACCAUAACGCCAGAAGACGUGGCUGAGGCGGUCCGUAGGGCCCCGAACUGGAAAAGUCCGGGGCUCGACGGGCUGCAUCAUUACUGGCUGAAGGGGUUCAUAGUGUGUCACGCUGUGCUCGCCCGACAGUUUCAAGAGGCUCUCGACCAGAAGACAGUCCCGAGCCUCUUCACUACUGGGAUCACUCACUUGGUUCCUAAAGAUCAGGAUACCACAGACCCGAGCAAAUACUGCCCCAUCACUCCUAAUAGUGCUGAGGCCACAAGUCAUAUUACUUAUAUCAAUUUAGCUCCACCCUUAAGUAUAAUAUUAUACGACAGAGACGUGAGGUCAUGCCGCUUCAUGUGA